AUCUAGCGUGGCGGGAAGAAAAUCAAGUGGGACCGGUGGGAACACCUUUCUGGGUGCCGCAGUACCACCCAAAAACCAUACCGAGCAGGGGUUCCAUCCCGAACAAUUUCUUCAUAGGUAUCAUACCUUAUGAUUCUCAUUUUGUACCUUACCAAAAAUGGUUUAUGGAUGAAAAAAGAUGGAUACCAUGUGUUUAAGGAUGGAGAAAAAUCUCACACUUUUAACUUCCAACAAUAAAUAUUGCAGGCCCAUGGCCUCACGGUUUAGUCGCAUUGGUAAUUGUUCCUAGUGGCGAACCCAUUACUUGUUUUUUUAGGGUAUGAUCGGAGGGUUUUACCAUAUUUUUAAGAGAUACGAACAUAAUUUUUGUCUAAAUAAUACACUGAUUUUUUUCAAGGUGGGCGCCCGCCACCCAACGGACCAUAGUAGGUCAGCCGUCUUGGUAUCCCCACAAAUGUGGUGUAGGCUCAAAUAUGCAAGUAUAAGUUGAUUAUGUGAGUAAAAUAUUGCUAGUAAAUGUUGCAAUUCUUAAUAGACUUUUAUGACCAACCAUGAGCGGAAUUGAUGCAGGAGGAUCAUGAAUCAUGAUUAUCUCCUCAUUUGAAUUUUAAAGUUUUAUUUGUUGCAUCAUCAAUACAAAUGAGUCUUAAUAUACAAAAUGCCCUUAUCAUAGUGAAGGAAACUUUUUUUUUUGAAUUUUUUCCCAUACUCGUUAAAAAUGAUGUUUAUUUGCAAAAUGUUUUUUUUUUUUUUUUUAAGUAGUAGAGUAAUUAUAAUUACUUUAUAUAAUUACUCUAUUAGUGUAAAAUCACGAUUUUUUUUUUGGAUUCUGGGAUUAAAAUACAUGAUUAAUAAGAUGGGGAAUUAAAAUUCAAAAAAAAAAAAAAAAUCCCUUUCACUUAUCACAUUAAGGGUAUUUUGUACGUUAAAACCAUUUAUAUAAUAACUUACUUAACCCUUUCUUAUUUGGGUUAACUUUUAUUUAUUUAUCAUCAUCUCUAAUUUGUUUAACUUGUUUAAAUACGAUUUCUUUUGUUUCGAAUGAAUUUUUAUUAGUUAUUGAAGUAUUAUUCUCUACAACCUUUGAGGUUAAUUUGUAAGCUUUUAUUUUCUUAACGAACACAAACAAAAUCUUUGUUUGAGUCUAUAUAUGUAAAUAAAAUUUGAUUUAAUUUAUAAAGUUUGAUUCAAACAGAUUUGUAAUUUAGAAAGAUCUUAAGAUCCAAAAAAUUACAAAAAAAAAAAAAAAUUAUUAUCAUCCUAAACUUGUGCAAAAAGUUAGGGAUAAAAUAUUAUCGAAUCACACAUCAUUAAUUAAUCCCCUCAAAUAACCCUAUAAAUAAACAAAGUGCACACCCAUUGAUUUAUUCAUCACCCAAACAAUUUUAGCAAAUCAACUUAUUCAUUCACCAUCUCCAAAUUUUCCAACCCAAUUUCCACCCAAUCAAACCACCAUGUCGUCGCAAAAAACCAUCGUGUUGAAGACCUCCGACGGAGAAACCUUCGAGGUUGAGGAGUUGGUGGCGUUGGAAUCGCAAACGAUCAAACACAUGAUCGAAGAUGACUGUGCCAACGCCACCAUCCCCUUACCUAAUGUCACUAGUAAGACCCUAUCGAUGGUUAUCGAGUUCUGUAAGAAGCAUGUCGAAUCCACGAAGAGCGAGGACAAGAAGACCGCCGAAGAGGAUCUUAAAGCGUUUGAUUCCGAGUUUGUCAAAGUGGAUCGAGACUCUCUUUUUGAUUUAAUUCUGGCUGCGAACUAUCUUAACAUCAAAAGCUUACUCGAUCUGACGUGUCAAACGACGGCUGACAUGAUCAAGGGCAAGACUCCUGAAGAGAUUCGCGAGAUAUUCAACAUCAAGAAUGACUUCACCCCUGAGGAAGAAGCGGAAGUUCGCCGCGAGAAUGCAUGGGCAUUUGAGUAAAGAUUCCUGACCCGAAAUUGUCGAUGUUUAAAGGAUCAAGUUAUUGUGUAUGGAGUUUUCGUUAGUGUUUAGGAAUUUUGAACCACUUAUCUAUAAUUGAUUUUGUUUCUUCAA